AUGAUCGAGGUAAUUCCGGAAGCUGAGAUCAGCACCAAUGCGGCAAUCGGGCACUUCCUCAACCGUGUCAACAGCAUCGUCUUUGACAGCAAAGACUAUUUCCGCAUCACCCGCGCUAAGUAUGCGAACUGGCUGCUGCGGAUCACGGAGGACCUUCAGUCGUACUAG